UGGUGCAUGCACAGAGGAAUCUGACUGCACUAAAGGAGAAGUUGUGCGACCUGAGGUUUUCUAUGUAUAACUUGCAAAAUUUCGUUCGCAAACAGCUUGGAAAUGUCGUAUUCACCAGGUGACUUAAUCUGGGCCAAGAUGCGUGGCUACCCACAUUGGCCAGCUCGAAUUGAUCUUCCUGCACAAGACGAGAAGAUUCCUCCUAAGAAGUAUGCCAUCUUCUUCUUCGGUACUCACGAGACGGCUGUUAUGCAAGCCAAAGAUUUAUUUCCAUAUGAGAAGAACAAAGAAAAAUUUUUGAAAAACACAAAUAGAUCAAGAAGAGGUUUCAAAGAAGCUCUGGUGGAAAUUUUGGAGAAUCCAAAGGUAAAAUGGGGCAUGCGUGGACAGGAUGUGGACGAGGAAGAUUCAGAGGACGAAGAGGAAGAAGAAGAUGAAGAUUCUGGGGAGGAGAAAAAGUCAGAGGAUGAAGACUCUGAUAACAAAGAUACCAAACCAUCAAAACAGGAAGCAAGUUAUGAGGAGAAAAAAAUGAGGAUACCGCAGGGUAAAAAGAGACCCAAGCCAGAGUCAGACAAGGAAAGUUCUUUUGAAGAAACACCAGAAGAGGAAAGUUCAGAUGGUGAUAAAGAAGAAGAAUAUAAACCUGCUCCCAAGAAAAAGAGAGUGGCUUCCAAAGAAGCAGGGAAGAAAAGAAAACCGUCAAAGGCUAUUAGUGACAGUAACAGCAGCAGUUCUGAAAAUGAAACUGAUCAAAAAGUAAUGAUAGUUGCACUUUUGAAUUUGGUAUACACCUGACAAGAAUUUUUCUGAGUUCAGUAUGCUAACUCACUCCAGGUGAAGGAAGGCCAAGAAGCCCUAAUUACAAGAGUUGAUGUACACUUUAUCACUAUCUGUCUGAUUGUAGGUCUGUGUGUCUGUCUUUCUUACUGCAAUAGUCUGGGAACACUGGUACUUGGUUAGGAAGUGUUUGGUGCUUUUUCUAGAUUUCUGUUUACUUUUAAUUUC